AUGGCGGCACCGUCCGGACCCCAGAGCCCUUUCCCGCAGGUUGGCUGCCCCAUCGUGUCAAGCCGAGCUCCAUUUUCCCCCAAAACAGUUUCCAGUGAUUUUACAGCCACGGCUCUCCCGUGGGGAGUUGGCCAUCCCCUGCGAGAGCCAGAUGAGGCUACAAAGGGAUUUUCUCCUGGCGCGGAGUGGUUGCGGCCUCAAAAAUCCAACGUGUCAAAGAACGAAGCAGUGAGGAGGAGUAACAACAACCCCUACGCCUCCUUCGGAGCCACACUGGCACGGGACGAGGAGCAGAACCUGUGGAGCACCCCGCAUGAUGUGACCCACACGGAGGCGGAUGACGACCGGGUGCUGUACAACAUGAUCGUGGUCAGGAACCAGCUGGACAAGGACUCGGAGGAAUGGCAAAAGCUCAACUAUGAUAUUUAUACCUUACGGCAGACCCGAAAAGAAGUGAGAAGCAGGUGGAAACACAUUUUGGAGGAUUUAGGUUUCCAGAAGGAAGCGGACUCCCUCUUGUCAGUGACCAAACUCAGCAUCAUCAGCGACUCCCAGAACAUGGGCAAAGCCCGGGACAUCCUGUUAAAGCUCUCCGAAGAGACAAACAUCUUCCCAACCAGCUGGGAGCUUUCUGAGCGCUACCUCUUCGUGGUGGAUCGGCUCAUAGCUCUGGACGCUGCAGAUGAGUUCUUCAAGAUGGCCAGCGUGGUGUAUCCAAAGAGACCCAGCGGGGAGAGAGUGGACGAUAGCCAGAAGGCCCCGCAGUGCAUCUCUGCUGUGAUGCCCUGA